CGAAAGGCUAUAGGGAAGAAGACUGCCUGCGUCAGCAUUUGUACAAAUCCAAAGGUUGGUCUGUCGUGCCAGAAGUGUACUGAGAGAGAUAUUAUCUCAACAUGACUCUUUUAGUGCCAUCGUUCAAGUUCAAAUUCAAAUUUAUGGUGCUAUAUACAUUAUAGCACCAUAAAGCUUUCUGAGAGGGGUUUUUCAAACAGGUAAGCUUAGUAUUUCCGUCAGGCAUGAACGCAGCACUAUUAGGCGCGAAAACCGUAACGGCCCGGGAAAAGCUAACUACGCUGCUGGGUCGCCGCUAUUCCCAAAACAAGCAGCUGAUUGCGGAAGAAAAAUGGUCCACACAACCAUUAAACAGGCUUUAAAGAACACCCUGCAGGAUCUGCGUCGGGAGGACUUCCUUGAGUUUUGUCACCAGCUGAAAGACCGCAGGGAAGAGCCGCGGGUCCGCUACGGGGAUGUGGAGAAUAAAAGCGUAUUGCAGAUCACAGACCUCUUGGUUUCAACCUUCACCGAGCGCGGAGCUCUUCCAGUGGCUUCGAGUAUACUGAAGCUGAUAAACUGCAACCAGGAUGCUGAGACGCUGUAUUCAGAAACCAGAGCCUGUAUGGACGUAAAAGGUGACCCUACCUUCCGUAAGACCUCGAGCGGGGAGUUGGAUACCAAGCCCUCACAGGAGGCUCUGAACCAUAAGGCCGGCCGCUGGCCUUUUUCGUCUCCUGUGACGGGGAAGACGCCACAGGAGGUGGAGGCCGAGGCCGAGGCCCGCGUUCUCUCUGAGGGCGGCGACCCUCGCAACGAAAGGCUCGUUUUGAGCAUGUUUAUGAUUCAGUUCGGCCAGUACAAAGAUCAAACCUUCAAAUGGCUGUUGGAGAAUGAUUUGAGCUACGCCGCCAAAAUGGUGGCUUGCCAUGAGAAGCGGCGCCAGAACACAAAGUGCCAGAGCUCGCUGAUGGCCAAUAAGCUAUGUCAACUUCCUCCGGAACAAGAAGUCAACCUGUGACCAAGGGUCCAAAAUGGACAUCGCUGUCAGAUACAUUUUACAGCGUGACAAAAGGCAGGCAGCAGCAUCCAGAAAGAGACGUGCCUCAAGCAACACACGCACCGGAGCCCCUCCAAAAGUUGCAGCCAAAAGAGGCGGCCGACCCGGCGUUGGAGGGAGAGAGGGUUGGUAGCCAUGGGGACCGAUGACCUACACCAGGAAACAACGGAACUGAAUAUAUUAAACCUCCCAAAUGAGUAGGCCUCGCAAUCACUUGAGCUUGCUAAUUAAGGGACUCACUUUUGUUCCAACUG